UGGGAUGGGCGGAGGAGUGAGAAAGGCCUCAGCAGCUCGUGGCAUGAAUGGGUUUCUGUGCCUUUGAAGCACCCCUCGGACAGUACUGAGCAAGAUGCUGACACACCGCCCGUCCUUUGAUGUCACGCGGUGGCAAAGUAUUUCUCAGACGUGUUUAUUGACCAUAAAGCUGGCUGUAGGGUGGUCACAGGGAGGUGGUGCGGCGCCGGCCAUGGGCAAGGUGUGAGCAGCCUGGGACAGACCCCGCAGUGCCCACAGAGGACACCAACAGCCGGCAGCGAUGCCCAGCCCUGCCUCACACAUCCGUUCCCUCCCUGCAGGUGGGUGAGAAGAUGUAGCGGCGGAGGAGCAGCACCGCAGGGCGACGCGGGGCCGCACCAUGGCGAGGAGGGGCAGCAGCCGCGCCAGGCCCGACGCCUUGGCUGCCCUGCAGGCCGCCAACGAGGAGCUGCGGGCCAAGCUGACCGACAUCCAGAUUGAGCUCCAGCAGGAGAAGAGCAAGAUGGAGGAGAUUAAGUUUAAAGACAGAGCAGUCUACGUGCUGGAAAGAGAGUUAGGGGUUCAAGCCGGGCAUGCCCAGAGACUGCAGCUCCAAAAGGAGGCUUUAGAUGAACAACUGUCCCAGAUCAAAGAGUCUGACCGGCACCUGGGCAGCCCCAAGCGGGAACUUCCUUAUGCAAGUGGUGCAGGAGACGCUUCAGAUCAUUCGGGAAGCCCCGAACAGCAGUUGGAUGAAAAGGAUGCCCGGCGCUUCCAACUGAAAAUCGCCGAGCUGAGCGCCAUCAUCAGGAAGCUGGAGGACCGCAAUGCGCUGCUGUCGGAGGAGAGGAACGAGCUGUUAAAACGCCUCAGAGAAGCUGAAAGUCAGUACAAGCCCAUCCUGGACAAAAACAAACGCCUCAGCAGGAAGAACGAAGAGCUGUCACAUGCCUUACGUCGAAUGGAAAACAAAUUAAAAUUUGUCACACAGGAAAACAUAGCAAUGAGGCAAAGAGCGGGAGCAAUGCGGAGACCGAGCUCCUUAAAUGACCUCGACCACAGCCAGGAAGAAAGAGAGGUGGAUCUCCUGAGACUGCAAAUCAUCGAACAGCAGAAUAUCAUUGAUGAGCUCUCCAAGGAACGUGAUAAGCUGCUAAGGUAUAGGAAGCAAAGGAAAAAAAUGACAAGAAUUCCUAAGAAGCCGGUGGUGGAGACGUUUUUCGGCUAUGAUGAAGAAGCCUCCCUGGAGUCUGAUGGUUCCUCUAUCUCAUAUCAAACGGAUCGGACGGACCAGACCCCGUGCACCCCUGAAGAUGACCUGGAAGAGGGCAUGGCCAAAGAAGAGACAGAACUGCGGUUCCGGCAGCUGACGAUGGAGUACCAGGCUCUGCAGCGCGCAUACGCCCUAUUGCAGGAACAGGUCGGAGGAACAUUGGAUGCGGAGCGAGAAGUUAAGACACGUGAGCAGCUCCAAGCAGAGAUACACCGAUCCCAGGCUCAGAUAGAGGACCUGGAAAAGGCCCUGGCGGAGCAGGGGCAGGACAUGAAGUGGAUUGAGGAGAAGCAAGCACUGUACAGAAGGAACCAAGAACUUGUGGACAAGAUAAAACAAAUGGAAGCAGAGGAGGCUCGCCUGAAGCACGAUGUGCAGGAUGCCAAAGACCAGAACGAGCUCCUGGAGUUCAGGAUCCUGGAGCUGGAGGAGAGAGAAAGAAGAUCACCUGCUAUCAACUUCCACCACGUUCCCUUCACGGAGGGGAAAAGCCCUCUCCAGGUUUACUGCGAGGCAGAAGGUGUCACAGACAUAGUAGUGGCAGAGCUGAUGAAAAAAUUGGACAUUUUAGGGGAUAACGCCAACCUGACCAACGAGGAGCAAGUGGUUGUCAUACAAGCAAGGACAGUUCUCACACUGGCUGAAAAGUGGCUCCAGCAGAUUGAAGUGACUGAGUCCGCGCUGCAGCAGAAGAUGCUGGAUCUGGAGAAUGAAAAGGAGCUGUUCAGCAAGCAGAAGGGCUACCUGGAUGAGGAGCUGGACUUCAGGAAGCAGUCCUUGGACCAGGCGCACAAGGUGAGCACCAGGCAGUGCCAGAGGAUCCAUUUCCCCCCUGCAAGGUGUGUGCUGUGCUGCCUCCAGAAAUGCUCUCUGCUUCUGCCACUACUGCUCAUGGAGUGACCCAAGGACUGCAUGGGUGGAAUGCUAAGCAAAUCCUCAUAAUGAGCUCCUUAGGGAUGGUGGUCCUUGGGUGUGCAUGGUCCCUGCAGGAUUAGGAUCUAAA